UUUCCUGUCGGAUCACAGAUCAACGAUUUCAUUGUUGGCAUCAAUCAUGCUGAAUACAAGAAUAAAAGACUUCUUGGUCCUUUUUCGCCUCAUGUCUUGUUACAAGCAAGGUUAAUGAUUUUGAACAUGUAGACGUUUUCUUUUCUUUUAUUUUCUUGGUUGGUUUUGUGUGGCGAAGCACGUUGAGGUCACUGACUUCGGCGAUCCGUACGAGGGACUUGAUUGACCAAUCAGAAUGGUCCUCGGCGUAACAAGUAACGUCCCAAGAAGACCAGCUGGGCGGCGUAAAACUGUAGCGGCCAUUGUUUACUCUCGUAACCAAUGGCAACCUAAGGUUUGACUCUUGCCACGCACCUGCACCUGCAAACUUUUUCCUAGUUUGUGACAAUUUUACGGGCGUGCCCUUUGCGUGAUUAGCGCGUGACAGAGGCGUGCCUUGCCGCAUCUGUUAAAAUGGGUGGUUAGCCCAUGAUUGAGGUCUGUCUCAUUUCAUCAACAUGGCGGACGGGACGGGGCUGUGGUUUUUUUCAACAUCAGACGACAGAGUCGUCACGUAUACAGACAGAAACAGCAAGUUGUUACCUGUCAAAAGGGUUCGCCCGGGGACAGUAAGUGAAACAGUGCAUAUUCAGUUCACAAAUUCCACUUCGAAAACUGCCUACCUGGACAGUUAUCUGACACCGCCUGAUUCAGAGUGGUCGGAACUAGAGGGAAUAGAAGGCGGCACUCGUUCAUUCUGCCAGAGAUUCAAUGAGAAGUUUGACGAACUAGUGCGCGCUCAUGACUUCGAAAGCGAUAAAGAGGGAGAAGAUAAGGAACAUGAGGAAGAUGAGGAUGAAGAUGAGGAAGAAAGUGCUACCGGUAGUGUUGAGGAAGAAGUGGCUGGUCAGGUCCACAGUAGUCCUGUGGACAAUGCUGUAAAAACCGGGCCUCUAGUGGACUUUUACAGCAUUGUCCACAGGAUGCGGGAGAUCCAUCCGGAUCUCCACACAGUGAAGAGGCCUGACCAGCCUCUUCGAAGAAGACUCAAGACAUGGUGCACUCAAAUCGAAGACAUUGUCGGCAAGCCGAAAAAACAUGUAUCCGACAACUUGUGUGUUCACAAAACCGUCUCGACGAUGUCGAAACGUUGUUUCCAACAAGCACAAGCCAUUAUGGUCAAGUGGAACAACAAGACACUCCGAGACCAGUGUUCCACUGACCUAACUCAGUACGUUUUCCAAGGUCUUCAAGGAUUUGAAGAAGCCAUCAUGUUCGAACUGCUGUCAGGCUUCAAUCAUGAGUCCUCCUUCUACGAAUUCAAAAGGAGGUGUGAGGAGGUUAGGCACAAUAGGAGGGACCAGACUGAGAACAUACAGAAGCCUGCAGAGGGACAUGCUGCCAAUGUCCUUGAUGAUGCCAAGGAACUGGAAGCUGCCCUGGCAGCAAAAGAGGAAGAGAUCAAGAAUCUUAUAAGAGAACAUGAGAAAGAGAAAGGGGAUCAUCAGCAUGCCAUGGCAGAAAAGGAAAAACAGAUGCAGGAGCUGAUGAAGAAACAUGCUGAAGCGAUGGCUAGUCACAGGGAAAAUCAAACCAUGGAUUCUCAGAAGGAUGAAUCCAGGGUUCAUGAGCUGGAAAAGCAGGUAGCCUUGCUUCAGAGACAAAAGGAACAACUGAAGAAAAAUGCAAGUGAUCUUCAGGAGAGAAACACAGAACUGGAGAAGAAGCUGAGCCUCCUUCAAGCAGAGCGAAGCAAGGCUGAGACAAAUCUUAAAGAUUCUCAGAAGGAUGAAUCCAGGGUUCAUGAGCUGGAAAAGCAGGUAGCCUUGCUUCAGGGACAAAAGGAACAACUGAAGAAAAAUGCAAGUGAUCUUCAGGAGAGAAACACAGAACUGGAGAAGAAGCUGAGCCUCCCUCAAGCAGAGCGAAGCAAGGCUGAGACAAAUCUUAAACGACCAUCAUCAGAAGACCCUGUACCUGCCUCCAAAAAGAGAAAAACUGUAUCUAACUGGGAGGGGGGAGAAUUGAAAGCAGGGCAGCUGGUGGCGGUAGUCUACAGCGAACCCCAGCGAUGCUUCUAUGUGGGGAAAGUGCUUGCACUGCAGACCAGGGAGGACGAGGGGGAGGAGGAGGAAGUGAAGAUCCAGUUCUUCAAACCUGCAAAGAAGUUCAUGGUGAAGGAAGGGCAACCGGAGUGGGUGCACAAGAAGUUUGUGCUCGACACUAAUGUUCAUAUAUCAACAGCUGGGCACAAACUCCUCCCCCUCACCAAAAGUGAGCAGUUGCGUUUGAAGAAGAAGGAAGAGGAGUACUGGUCCCUUGUAGUUUAGGCCCCAGUCAGUAGGUUACCAAAGGUCCUUCCUGUUUCCCCAUUGUACACCUGAUCACAACUCUUGCAUGGUAUUUUGUAGACACAGUCUGUUUUGGCUUCAUCCUUUUGUUUGAUGUCUUUGGGGUUACCAACAGAUUCCUCAGUGUGGUUUUAGGUUUGACUCCAGUAGCCAUACAUAUUGUUUCCGAAACACUCUUUCCAUAGGAUCAGUGACUCCUUUUUGUUUGUUACUCCGUUCUUUCUGUUUGGGACUCUUCCCCUGCUGUUCUGCUUUGUUGAAAGCCCACUGAGAAUAGCCACAGCGUGUGAGGGCCCUCUUGACAUGUUGUGUCUCUAGUUCCUUAUCCUGGUCUUCAGUAGUGACAGUGUUGCAUCGGUCCAACAGGGAAUUACUCCUAGCUUUUGGUGUAGAGGGUAGUGGGACUGGAAGUUAAGGUUAUUGGUCCAUGAAUGUGUUCUUCCUGUACACCAACAGCUUCACUGUGCCAUCCUCCUUACGCACUAGAAAAGUGUUGAGAAAAGGUAGUGUACCCUCCUUCUCCUCUUCAACCGUAGACUAUAUGCUGCCAGUGGGGUCGGUCUGUAAGUUCUGUAAGUACUCUUCUCUUCACAACCUCUACCAUAUUGUCCACGUACAAAUGUAUCUUUUCCAUAACUUGGGUCUGCAGGUGACGGUUGCUGUGGAAGUGGCUUCUUGUUCCAGCCACUCCAGAAACAAGUUCGCCAGAAUUGUCCCUACUCAAUGAGACGAAUAGAUUCUUGGCGCUUGACAUCUUUGAUUCACAGUUCCAAAGUGAUGUUUCAGUCGUAUCAUCACGAGAUGUCAAUGGCAAAUCCUGAUAAAACAAAACUAAACACAUUGUGUGGAAUCUCCACACAUCGUGUGAUAGAAUUUCUGUUUUUAAUUGAGAACGUGUUCUACCCACCUUCAGACCAGAUGGCAACUCAGGUACAUUAAUUUUGUAUAUCAUAUUCAGUACAUGAGACUCUAAACCUUUGCCACAUAUUGAUGUAUAUAGUACAGGCUUCACUGUAUCUCAAAGCAAUGUUUCUAACUGGUAAGAAAGAGUCUUCACUGCGAAAACUCUGCUCCCUCCAGCUAGCUUAUCAGACUAUGUCAAGAGUAAGACCAUAUUUCUACUACAAAGUGGUGCCAAGGUGACAGCAACAAAACUGGUUUGUGUAUGUCACUGUCCCUUGACUAAUCCUAAUACAAUACUUUACAUUUUAAUUUUUAAACUAUUAAACUUGAAGCAUGACAACAAAACGACAAGUUAUUGUUCUUCAUAUCUUAAAUUCACUUAGUGAUUUAAGAUAAUAAAUCUUUGGUUGAAGCUCACAUUCCCUUAGUUAAAUUGUACACAGUGAUUUACGUGCACAGCAUUCCGGCUCUUAGCAAGAUGAUUUGUACAAGUAAUUAUAUGUAACAACUAGUUUAUAUCAUUUGUAGAUACAUGAGAAGAGGCACAUGUUGCCUCCUUAAGUUGUAUGUCAUGCCUUAUUAUAAGUGGCACCUAACAGCAUGUGCCUGGCUUACUAGGGCUGCUUGCCAUGCAUAGAGGUCUUGGCCAGUGUGUAAUUGUUGAGACUGUGAGGGCUUCUUGCAGAUCAUCAUGUUUUUUGUACUUUUCACUUUCACAGUUGAAUUCACUGAUUACAAAGUAUAUGAAAGUGUUGAAUCAAUGCAGUCACAUCAUGUACAUUGUAUAAAACAAAAAAAGGAAUGUAUUAAUUUCCUAACUUAAAGUGACUCAUUGCAUAUUUACUUGAAGUUUGCAGAAUUAUUCGCAAGUGGGAUCACAUUUUAAACACAUCUGUUACAACCUUGUGUUGACUGUCUUGUAACCUGCAUUUAAAUACCUUACUGAGUCUUUAUUUCAAAACACAUUAUGCAUCUAAAUUAAUAACCCAUGGGAUAAAACCAUGCAUUAUUUCAGUUCUACAAAAAUGCUGCCAGCAGUUGUAUCCAUACGCUGAUAAUGAAUGGUCUGUAACUAUAUUCUAAGACCAGAAAGCAUCAGAUUAUGUAUAAACAUUGAUGUCCACAAUGUAAAAUAAUGCAAAAGCUAGGGAGAGAAACAGUUUGAUUCUCCUUUCAUAGUUUCAGCACCCAACGUUUGA